AUGUCUGUCACAACGUCGACUGAGAAGAUGACGGGCGACCAGCCCCUUAAGGUAUCGACUAGCGGAAUAGGAGAUGUCUGUGGCACCGAGUCAGAUAGUGCCACGGACGCAAGGAGAUUGGAAACAAGAGAUUUCGAAGCAGAUGGCAGCACCGGUAAGAGAGGCAAGUCGGUGCAGCAAACCGUCGCAGUCGGCGCCUUGACCUUGGGUCUUUGCCUGGUGGCAUUCGCAGCUGCAGUAGACAACACAAUUCUCGCCGAGUUCAACUCGCUCGAAGACGCCGGGUUGUACCGAAGCGCCUCGCUUGUCGCUUCGACGGCGCUUCAACUACCCUACGGAAAGGCAUAUGCUCAAUUCAACGUCAAAUGGAUCUAUCUCGCAAGCCUACUCAUCUUCGAGGCGGGAUCCGUCCUCUGCGCCGCCGCUCCCAGUUCCAGGGCCCUCAUCGCCGGACGUGUCGUCUCGGGUGUCGGGGCGGCGGCGCUUUACUCGGGCGCCAUCAACAUGCUCGCGAUGGCAGCAAGCCCGCAGAGAACUCCCGCUCUGUUUGGCACUCUUUCCAGCAUGUUCGGUCUGGCAUCGCUGGUCGGUCCUCUCCUGGGAGGCGCCUUUACCGACGCGCCGAAUCUGACCUGGAGGUGGUGCUUCUGGAUCAAUCUACCCCUUGGCGGCGUCGCCGCGAUAUUCAUCUUGCUUGUGUUCCGAAUCCCCAAACCGUCGUCUCCUCAAAUGCCUACUCACGUGGAGGCGGAUACGGAAAUGCAGACAGUCAACAGCACGCAGAAUGAUGCCCAGGACAUGCAAGACAAAGCAGCAGCAACAACAACGACGAGAACAACAGCCCCUGCUCAGCAACCACACACCCAGGAGGUACCAGCCUCCAAAUUCCUCUCUUUUAUCAGAAAAGUACAGAAGAUGGAUCCGCUAGGCACCGCUCUCCUGAUCCCGGCCAUGGUGAGUCUGGUGUUGGCCCUCCAAUGGGGCGGGACAACGUACCCCUGGUCAGACGGGCGUGUUUGGGGCUGCCUGGUCUGCUUCGGCGUUCUCGCAGGCUUCUUUGUCCUCUCAUUGCGGUUCAAUGGCGAUGAAGCUGUGAUCCCGCUCCGUCUCCUCCGAGACCGCACCGUUUUGGGUGGCGUGCUGAUGAUUACCUGGCUCUCCGCGGGCUUCUUCACACACGUCUUCUUCCUGCCAUUUUACUUGCAAGUCGUCCAGGGCAUGAGUGCCACGGCCUCCGGUCUCCGCCUCCUAGCCUACCUCGGAGCCAUGGCCUUGGCCGGCGUGGUGGCCGGCGGAGCCAUGUCAUCGCGCCGCGGCGGCGGCUUAUCGAACCACAAGCCAUACGCCUGGGUCGGCGCUGGACUCUUCAUCGUCGGAGCAGGUCUGUUGCACACGCUGUCCGUCACCUCGGGGUUGGGCAAGGUCGUGGGAUUCCAGCUUCUAUCCGGGGCCGCUCUCGGGAUUGCGUGGCAGGUUCCCUACAUCGCGGUACAGCGGUCAGAGAAGCUCGCGAAGCGGCCGGGCGAUGGCGCCAUCUCCAACGCCUUGAUCACCUUCUCCAACUCGUUCGGCGCCGUGCUGGGCAUCUCGAUAGCGCAGAACAUCUUUGCGAGAACGCUUACCACAGGCCUGGCGGGCGUUCCGGGCUUGGAUUCCAGUCACGCCGACGCUAUUGCGAAGGCAGGCCAGGCCGCGCAGCUGAGUGAUCCCGCCUUUUUGCCUCAGGGGCUCCUUGUCCUCGUGUUGCAGGUCUUCAACGACGCCAUCAUGUCGACGUUCACCUUUGCUGCCGUCGCCGGAGGCGUGGGCUUCUUAUGCAGUUUUAUUUUCCCAUAG